GACGUCUGGCUGAAAAAAACUCAAAAGAAGAAGAAGAAGAAGGAUAAUUUCGUGAGUGUCAUUAUCUGGAGAAAAGGACAAAUUUGAUCCAGUAAUUGCACGGAUUUUUAGGUAAUUUUACCCUCAAAGUGUUGUGGCGUGUGUAGUGCAGUGAGUAGUGAAAGUGGAUGGUGGUUCUGGUCAAUUUCAGAUUGACCCUCGGAACUAACAUCCUUUGCUAAUCAUGCACCACAAUUGCAACUAAAUUGAGUGAUUUGUUUGAAGCACUACUAAGGUGAUUGAUUUGUCCGGGUGGGGGUGUGGAAAAUGCCCCAGGUUCCGGGUGCCCAUCCACCCGUCCUGCCCGAGUGCAGUGAUACGCGUACAAGGUCGUGGAGCUACCUCCAGCAGCUGCACGGCGAAGCCAGCAAUCUCCCAAGUACUGUGGAUGUCAAUGCUCUGAAGUCGGGUCCGCCUGACAAUAUCACCAGCAAGAGUAUGGAUAGCAGUAGCUCAUCCUCGGACUCGGAUGGUACGAGCAGCAGUAGUGAGAGUGACUCUAGCACUUCGUCUGGGCAUCAAAAACAUCGAAAGUCACCUACACAGGCGCCCCAGUUUAGUGUCACGAGCUCCGACAAAAGUGGCCUAAAGAUGAAAAUAGCAGCCAUUCCAAGGGGUGUGAACUCGAGUCAGAAGGCACUCAAUAACAAUUCAUCACCGACAGGGAAGGCGAAUGAUAAGAAGAAGGCAAAGAGCACAAAGGCUAAUGUGGCCAGCACGUCGAAGAAGAGUACAACUGACGCCUCUAGUACCAGUUCGUGCUGUUCAGCAUGCAAUGGCAGUGAGAGUGAUUCGAGUUCCGAUGAGAAUACAAAUAAUCAGCAAAAGUCACAGAAGAAGCAGAAAAAGCUCCGGAGAAAGAAGGCCAAUCGAAGUGCAUCGACAAGUAGUGGUGGUCGAACGGAUUCAAGUGAUUCAGAAUCGAGUGAUGAAGUUCUCCAAGAGAUUAAUCCAGAAGAUUUGGCAGCUAUACUGCCAAGUGAGAAUUUCAAUGAAUUUGAUGCACCAACAACAACAACAACAGCAACAACAUCAUCAAGUGCAGUACAUGCCACAAAUUCGGCCACAUUGGCAACACAUGUCACCACGACAACAACAACAUCAACAAGAUUUGGUCAACAAACAAAGGCAGUACCAUCGAAUGUUUCGACAUCCCUUGCUGAUCCAUGUGUUGAUGGUGGAUCAUCGAGUGAUAUGGAAUUGCCGGCAAUUGUUAGUGCGGCCAUUCAAUUGGUGGAAAAUUGUUCGGAUUCGGAGGCUGGUGGUGGAAAGCCAGUAGCUCCGCCGGUUACGUACAAUUCGCCCCUUUUGCUGGAUUUUAUGGUGAAGACACAAAUGCUUGGGAAAUCAAGUACAGGACUCGAUGAGGCCCCGGGGAAGGAUGAAACAAAGGGAAUGGUUGUGUCUCAGGUGGCAAGUGGAACGGGGGAAAAAGGGGGAGCAGGGGCAGGAGGAGGGAGUGUUGGGAAAGUGGAGAGUGAAUCUCAGGGUUUAGCAGCAGCGUCUUCCGUGACAAAGGUGAGUUUGGGAGCUGUGGCAGGAGAGAGUAAAGAAAAUGUACCUGCAGUUGAUGUUAAGAGGAAACGCGGAAGACCAAAGAAGAAUCCGACAGCAAUUGUUGAAAAAGUUGCAGCAGCAGCGGCACCUUCUGUAGCAGCAGCUUCAGCUGCAAAAGCCACAAGUGGCUCUCCGGAUUCGGGAAUUCUUUCAAUAACCCAAAGUCCAUCGCAUUCACCGAAAAUUGAAGGACCAAAACGGGGUAGUACGCGAAAUUCUGCAAGUGUUGGGAGUGCGAAAAAAAUUGAAUCAGUGCCAGUUGUCGUCACGCGAAAAACACCAAUUCCCACGACACCAACAAAGAUCAAUAUUGCCAGUUUGGAUAAGAGUAUGUAUGCCACAGAGAGGGUACUGUAUCCGCCAAGGGGUAGAAAAAGGGGUCCCGGGAGGCCACCGAAUAAAUCCAAGGAGGCCAAGAAGGAGGAAAGUGUCGAUCCGGCAUGGAAGAAGAUUGAUAUCAAUAAAAAAUUCCGAAGACCAAGUGUCAGUGGAUAUAAAAGUGACGGUGGUACGGUAUGUAGUAAAGUUUUGGCAUCACAGUGUGGUUAUACGAGUGACUAUGGGGCUGUUAGGAGAAGUCGUUUGUCCGGCUAUCGCAGUGAUUACAGUACAAAGAGUAAAAAAAGUGGCUACAGAAGUGACUACAGUGUUAAGGCAAAAAGUUGUGGAUAUCGUAGUGAUUGUAGUAUCAGGCAUAGGAAGAAGGUUAGAAGAAAACGUCGUACAAAGACAAGUCACAAGUCAGCAGUGACUGAGCAGGAUAUUUUGCAAUUGGCUGGACUUAGUCUUGGACAAUCCAGUGAGGAAAAUAGCCUAGAAGCUCCAGCAGUGGCUGUCAUUAAGCCCAAUGAGAAUCUCUUUGCAGCAGCAACAUUCAAUGGUGCUUUUGGAUUGGAUAGAAAACUCUCAUUGAAUCCCACUGGACAGACAGCUCCUGCUGCUGCUGCAGUUAGCGAAGGAAAACGCUCUCUAAAAUCCAGUCAAAAUCAUUCCUUCUUUGCUCAAGCCAGCAAUUCCAAGAUGUCCUUCAAGGAAGCCACAAGAAGUCGAGGCAUUGCUGGAAAUUCUGUCGAUAGUUCCAAGAAAUUGACAGAUUUUGUGGGAAGAGUCAAAUCUCUGUCGACUUUUGGUUCAAUGUCAGCUGGAAAAUCCAAAGGAGCUGCCAAGAAGAUCGAUGACUCUGUCUGCUCCUUUGGAAGUUUCCUGCAGCAGCAGCAAUCAAUAACUGCCCCAAAAGUCCGUGAAAAUAGCAACUUGAGUAAAUCUCCAGCUAGAACUGCCACAAUUCGCUCAAGACGUUCUUCAGCUGUCAGCAGAUGUAGUAGUCGAUCCGCCAGAUCAACAAUGUCAAGGCAUCAUCUGAAGCGUCGACGGAGAAAGAGAUUGCGUUCCAGGAAUGAAAGUGUAGCUAGUCGUGUGACAGAUUCAAAAUUUCUACAAGAAUUGGAUCAAUUGAUAGCCACUUUUACCGUGGCUUGCCAUAUUAGUGCAAAUGACAAGAAUCCAACGAAAGAAGUACCUCCAAAAACCACAUCAAAGCGUAGUACGAAAAAGCGAAAAGUAACAGAAACUGCUGAUUCACCGUCAACAAGCGUCGGAGGUGGUGGCAGUGGUGGCAAAAGGCGUCACAAAAAGGCACAAUCCACCCAAAGUCCAGAUGAUCACAAAUUGCCACUCAAGAAGCGACACUAUUUGCUGGCACCGGGUGAAAGGAGUGAGAGUAAAUUGAUGGCGGAAGAUGCUAAAAAUGGUGAUUCUGGGAAAAUGCCACCAAGAGCAGUGACGCCAAAGAAGAGGCAUCUCAUUGAGAAACAAGAUCCACCAUCGAUAAUCACAAAUGAAAUAUCAUCAGCCAUAAAAUCAAGCAAUUCACCAAUAACAAUUGACACAAAAACGACAGAUUCGAGUGAGGUGAGUGUUGUUGAUUCGGGCACAAAUUUGAGAAGUCGUCGAUCAGAUAUUGUUACGAGGAAAAAGAAUCGUCUCGAAGGUCUGGUAUCAAAGAUGCAGGCAUCACCUUCGGGUGAGAGUAGCAGUGGAAAAAGUCAUCCGGGUAGACCAUCGGUUAUCAGUAAAAUUCCAUCUGCUCCACCUCCGGGUGUUUUUGAGCCAUCAAUUGAUCUUGAAUUGCAAAUUCCCGUCUCUACAAUUGUUAUUCCGAGUCUUGUGACAAAAACUGAAGCUCUUGAUUCGCCCAGAGUGACAGAAUCCAUUGGAACUGUUGAUACCAAUGAGAGUUUACUGAAGAAGACUGAAAAGGUCGUUGAGACACUUCUCAGCAAAACAACGGGACAAUUGUCAAAGAGGAAGAGACGAAAGGCGAUCAAUCGUACGGGAUUUCCGAGUGUGAAGAAGAGAAAGAAGAUUGCUGUGAGGGACAAUACGUCAGAGUUAUCCUGGAAUGGAAAUGUUAAAGAAGUUCAAGCAUCGCCAAAAGUUCAGCCUCUAACAGUUGAGAAUGUCAAGAAGAUCACAGAGAAUUGUGAUCGUGUUCCGAAAAUUGGGGAAACGGCGGAUACAUUUGUUGAACGAAAUACCCGUCCGAGAUUGUCUGUGGUGAGCCUGGAGAAGCUUCAGGGUAAAAUACCUGAAGAAUCUUCUUCCAAUCGAAUGGUAGUUAAUCCAUUUGGACUGGAUCGAAAGACACGAAAGAGUGUAGCUAAUGGAGAAAUUGCAGAUGGGGGAAAACGUCAACUGAGAACGAGAAAUCGCGAUGAGAAUGAAGUGAAAAAAAGAGAUCGGGAUAGUUCUCAGGAUAGUGGUAGUAUUUCCACAAUUGCCAAGAAAUUGAAGGAAGAAGAGACUGCUAAGGGACGUGAUUUGUCAUCAGACAAUGAACCCCUAAUCAAUCUUGUGAAAACCAAUGAGCGCAAACGAACCCGAAGGAAGGGUGCAAGUGCUCUCAUUGAUAACCUAACACCUAAUGAAGUUCUUCCGGAUUCGGCCAAAAGAACUCGUCUUCAGAGUGAAAUUGAGAAGAAGAAUAAGUUGGAAGCAGAAAUGCAACCUGUUGUUAAGUUGGAAUCCAUGGAAGGAUCUGCUGGAAUAAUUUUGAGUAAGAGAACAGCAUCUAGAGCAUCUUCAGCUGCUCUGUUGUCAUCAUCGAGUGUUGAUCGAUCACCACGUCCAAAAUCGAGGAUGGAACUCAAAUUGAGUCCGCUGGUUGUGUCUAGGGAAACAUCUAAGGAGAGCACUAAAGGAGGAGGAGUUCCCAAAGAAAUGUCCCUCAAGGUUUCACUGAGACUUCCGCAGGAACGCGUUCAAGAAAUGCGAAAAGAUUUGCCUAAAGAAGUUUCUAAGGUUGCCCCUAAGGAAGCAGGCAAGGUUGUUCCUAAGGAGGCAACCAAGGUUGCUACUAAGGAGGCAACCAAGGUUACUAAGGACGCAACCAAGAUUGUUCCUAAAGAGCCAACAAAGGUUGCUUCUAAGGAACAAACUAAGGUUACGACAAAGGAAGCAACCAAGUUUACUGCAAAGGAAGCAACCAAGGUUACUACUAAGGAAGCAACCAAGGUUACUACUAAAGAAGCAACCAAGGUUACUACAAAGGAAGCAACCAAGGUUGCUCCUAAGGAAGUAACCAAGGUUGCUCCUAAGGAACCAAUCAAGGUGGCAACUAAAGAGCUUUCGAAGGUUGCCCUUAAAGAGUCUUCCAAGGUUGCUCCUAAGGAACCCCCUAAGGUUGCGUCUAAGGAACCAGUCAAAGUUGCCCCUAAAGAACCGUCUAAGAUUACCCCUAAUGAACUCCUAAAAGAACUUCCGAGAGAGUCUGAACGAGCUUCGAGAUACAAAAGGGCUAAUUCAAUAGCAGGACCUUUGGUUGAGUGUCCAACAAAUCUAACUGGUGCCACAGCCAAAGUUCAAGAGAAGGACAAGCAGCAACCAGAAAAGGAGAAGGCCAAAGAAAGAACUGUCAAAACGAAGGAGACUGAUAGAGAAAAAGACAAAGAAAGGAGUCACAUCAAGACCCGAACUACAAGGGACAAGAGUACGGAGAAGAAGUCGGUUGAUAUUGAUGAGAUUAGCCUGGCAAAACGUCAACAAACUACAAAGGUUGUGCCGAAAAUUCCAAUGACGCUGCCUAAGAAAAUGGAAAAAGAGAAACCCCAGCAAGUUCAGAAAGACGCCAAUGUUCAGGAAUUGAUAGCCAAAAUAAAAACACCAGAAGUUAGAAGUAAGUCUGACGGUAAAUCUUCAACAAAUACUCCAGUAUCUCCUCAAAUGAUUGAGGAACUUGAACAAGAACCUCUUCCAAUAAACGAAGGACCAUUGGGAAUGGUAUCAAGGGAUGAAUCUCCUGUGAGUGUAACGAGUGAGAAGAGUGGAAAGAAAUUUUCGAGAUGGAAGAAAAAGUACUUGAAUGCAGGACUUCUGUCGGAUACUUACAAAGAAGAUGACGGCAGGAAGCACAAUAGGGGCGAAGAUUCUCAGCCUCAGAUGCUCCUGCCUCCUCCGCCGUACUGCGAACGUUUCUUCCGGAAGACUCAAAGGGAUUUCCUGCUGCCGUAUGAUCUGUGGUGGGCCCAUGAGAAUCAAAAGUUGCCGUGCAGGAAUAGUGUACCCAGUUGGAAUUACAAGAAAAUCCGUACAAAUGUUUACAUAGACGUCAGAGCAAAUCCUCGCACAGAUCAACCAUCGUGCAGUUGCAAACCGGAUUCGGGAUGUGGAGAAGAUUGCCUGAAUCGUGUUGUAUAUACAGAAUGUAGUACAGAAACGUGUCCAUGUGGUGACAAGUGUCAAAAUACAAAGAUUCAGAGGCAUGAAUAUUCUCCUGGUUUGGAGAGGUACAUGACACCCAACAAAGGAUGGGGCGUAAGAACUCGUCUGCCUAUUCGAAAGGGUAACUUCAUUCUGGAAUACGUAGGUGAAGUUGUAACAGAGCGGGAGUUCAAAGAUCGCAUGGCAACUCUUUACGUACGUGACACUCAUCACUACUGCCUCCAUCUCGAUGGGGGUUUGGUGAUUGAUGGACAUCGAAUGGGAAGCGAUGGACGCUUCGUCAAUCAUUCCUGCGCACCGAAUUGUGAAAUGCAGAAGUGGAGUGUCAACGGUUUACCAAGGAUGGUGCUUUUUGCAGCACGUGACAUCAAAGCAGGCGAAGAGUUGACGUAUGACUACAACUUUGCUCUGUUCAAUCCUGCCGAAGGUCAGCCGUGUCUCUGCGAGAGUUCAUCAUGUCGGGGAGUGAUUGGAGGGAAAUCUCAGAGGAUCAAACCUAUGAUUGAUCAACAGACAUCUCAGUCUAAAUCCACAAGCAAUAGUGAUGACAAUUCUUCGCGUGGUAGAUCACGAAAGAGGACAGCAAAGAAGAAUCAAUUCCAGAAUACGGGAAAAGAUCGUUCGGGAACUCCGCUGUUCCAGGUGCCCACGAACAAGGAGUUAGUCAUCAUCAAGGAGAGUCACUGCUUCCUCAUGAGAAAUCUCGGAAAGAUUCGCCGAUUGAAGGAACGUUUAACUCAGCAACCUCAAGCCUCAGUCCCAUCACCCAUUACACUCCUUACGCGUAUUACAGAACUCCGUGUUCCGCGAAAUAUCCGAACACGAGGUCUAACUGUGGGCGAUCAUGAUCCACAGAUUGAUCGAAUGGCCAAAAUGGCGGCGAUCUUUAAAGAUCUCUGUCGGGAUAUUUGUAGUUUCAAGGAGUCUGGGCCACAUCCGGCCAUCAAUAAAUUAGCUCUUCCGGCAAAGAAAAAACUGCCACAGUACUAUGAGACAGUAACAAAGCCCAUUGAUAUGGGGCAGAUUGAGUUGAAUGUAGAACGUGGAGUGUACAAAAAUCCAGCAACAUUUGAUGAUGAUAUUCAGAGACUCUUUAAGAAUGCUUUGCAAUUUUAUUCUGCUGGUUCGGAUGAGGCAAAAGCCGCACAAUCUCUCCUGACGCUAUUCACAAACAAAAAACAAUUGGUUUAUGAGCAAUUGCUUGAGAUUGUGGAUGAUAAGGAUUCCCUCAGGAGCUAUAAGAGAUCAAAGAUUAAUGAGUUGGUGCUGAAAGCAGAGCCAAAUGAGGAUGUUAUUCAGUGUAUUUGUGGGUUAUUUAAGGAUGAAGGACUCAUGAUUCAGUGUUCAGAUUGUCAAGUGUGGCAGCACACAGAAUGCACAAAAGCCGAUACAGAAGCUGAGAGUUAUCGGUGUGAAAAGUGCGAUCCCAGACCUGUUAAUCUUGAGAUUCCUCUGGAGGAAUUCACAGAUGAGGGUUACAGGUACUAUUUGUCCCUCCUUCGGGGUGAUCUGCAUGUGAGACAGAGUGAUACUGUGUAUGUCCUUCGGGAUAUUCCAAUGUCACCUGAUCCCAAGAAUCCCAAUCUCCCUCCACGGAAGCAUACGUAUGAGACAAUUGGUGACAUUGAUUACAAUGAAUGCGAUAUCUUUCGCGUGGAGAGACUGUGGAAGGAUAACAAUGGGAAACGCUUUGUCUUUGGUCAUCACUAUUUGCGUCCACAUGAGACUUAUCAUGAGCCCACGAGGAAGUUCUAUCCCAAUGAAGUUGUCCGUGUGCCACUGUACGAAGUAGUUCCCAUUGAAUUGAUCAUGGCGAGAUGUUGGGUUCUCGAUCCGGCCACUUACUGCAAGGGACGUCCCGUGGACAGCGAUGAAGCUCACAUUUACAUUUGCGAGCUGAGAGUGGACAAGGGAGCUCGCCUAUUUGCCAAGGUUUCCAAGCAGGCCUAUCCCAUCUGCACCAAGAGUUACGCUUUUCGAAAAUUUGAGCAGAAACUGAAGAUCUCACGGACGUAUGCGCCUCAUGAUUUAGGACCAGUUCCGCCCAAACCGAAGAAACGCAAAGAAGAAGUACCAAUUGCUUCGAGAAAGAAUUCCACAUCAAUCAUUCAAUUGAUGCCACCUCCACCAAAAACUCUCAAUGAGAAGAGGAGUCGCCUGGAGGACACUCUGACGCGUCUGAUGAAUCGCCUGAAGAGUACUAAGCCAGAAAGUUUACCGGCCAUGGAUCUGUCGUAUUUGUUGACGGGAAGGGGAGCACGACAGCGUCGCGCUAAUGCCACAAGUGUGCCUGUUUGAUCAUCAUUUUAACGUUGUAUUUUUAGUUUAAGGGAUUUUGUUUUUUAAGAAUGUCACACUGUGCUCUGAAGGAAUCAAAAGAAUGUUGCACGAAAUUGGUGGUCCUUGUUGAAAAAAGUCUUACUGGAUGGCAUGCUAUAUAAAAAAAAGCUAAAAAAAAGUUGUAAAAGUAACACAAAAUUGUCUUUUAAAUUUCCAAUAUUUGCUCUCUGCAUUAUGAAGCGCUUUUAUCUUCUAUUUAAAAAUUAUUUUUUCUCUCAUUUUCCCUGUAGAAAGGAUUUUUUAGAGGAUAACUCCUUAAGUACCUAACAAAUGUUCGAAUAUUAAUCAUGAAUGAUUUUUUUUUGUUAUCCAAAUAGCAGUUAUGAUUUUUUGGUGGUCUAAUCUUGAGAUUUGUUUAUUUAUUAAAAUAUCAUUUAUGCCUCCUGAUAUCAUGCUAAAUUUACUUAUUUAUAAUUAUUAUUAUAAAACCUAAGAUGAAGAAAUAUAGUUUAGUCAUUUUCAA